AUGGCAGCAACGGACUUCAAACUCUUCGGAAGAUGGACUUAUGAUGAUGUCACUGUCUCCGAUCUUUCCCUCGUCGACUACCUCGCCGUCAAGGGCAAGGCUGCGGUCCUCACGCCCCACACUGCCGGCAGGUACCAAAAAAAGCGCUUUCGGAAGGCGCAGUGCCCGCUGGUCGAGCGGCUGGUCAACUCCCUCAUGAUGCACGGCCGCAACUCCGGCAAAAAGCUCCAGGCCAUUCGCAUAGUGCAGCACGCCUUCGACAUCAUUGCUUUGAUGGCCGACAAAAAUCCUCUCCAGGUGUUGGUGCAAGCUGUGGAGAGAGGCGGCCCUCGGGAAGACUCGACUCGGAUCGGAAGUGCCGGAGUGGUUCGUCGGCAGGCGGUGGACGUGUCGCCUUUGCGGCGAGUGAACCAGGCCAUUUAUUUGAUUUGCACGGGAGCCCGCACUGCGGCCUUCCGAAACCUGAAGAGCAUGUCGGAGUGUCUGGCAGAUGAAAUAAUGAAUUGUGCAAAAGAAAGCAGCAACUCUUAUGCAAUUAAAAAGAAAGACGAGAUUGAAAGAGUGGCCAAGGCCAACAGACAGCUUGAAGUCUACUGCAUGCGUUUCAUUUUCUGUUUUGCCUUUUGA